AUGAGCACACUGAAGAAGUUUGGUAUCACGGAUUAUCAGCAUAAAGCCAGAGUGACCACUACCGCUGAUUUACGUGAAUUCGAUUAUAUUUUUGGAAUGGAUAAUAGUAAUAUAAGUGAUUUGAAAGACCUGGAGAAGGAAACUGAAGCAAAGGCCAAAAUACAGCUACUCGGUAAAUACGAUCCUGAAGGAAAUCUGAUUGUCCCAGAUCCAUAUUAUGAACCUGGAGAAGCGAUGUUUGAGCAGACAAUGACGUCGACGCCAUGUUACGUAAUGUACCUAAUACUGCGAAGAGAUCUUAUGUCCUCGUUGGGUUGGCCCAUGGGCGCUGUUUGCACACAGGCCGCCCAUGCCGCCUCCGCUGCCAUGUGGUUGUUUAGAAAUGAUCCUAACACCGAGGAAUACACGAAAGAAUUGGAUUCAAUGCAUAAAAUCACAUUAGGGGUUGAUUCAGAAGAUGAGCUGAUCAAAGUGCAUGAGCGAUUAAAAGGAAGAGAAGUGGACCAUAAAGUCUGGGUUGAAGAUGGCCAGUCUGUAUGUAUCGCGUUGAAGCCUUAUCCGAAGGAGCAAGUGAAGAAUGCUCUCAAAGGGCUCAAACUAUUCUAA